CUACUGUGACGAGGAAAGGAGAAGACGGUUCAUUUCUCUACUCUCUGCUCUCAUACUCAACAGUUGAACGUCGCUUUCUCUUCCCAUUUCUUUUCGUUCUACAAAAUACAACCUAUCUUUUUUGCUCUCUGAAAACCCUAAAAGUUUUGCUUCACUGCGUGAGCUCCACGCAACAGGCGUCUCCGUACGAAAAUAGAGUCUCAGAGUUUCAAAGCAAUGCUGCAGCGGACGAAAAAGAGCCAAAUGCUUGAAGAUCAUGGUGAUAAGGACAGGGCAUAUAGAUUCAAGAUCCUAUUACCAAAUGGCACAAGCGUUUGUUUGACAUUUCAAAAUCCUAAGCCCACAAUGCCAUUUGGAGAUUUCAUUCAAAGGCUGGAAGAGGAAUACUCUCUCACUUAUAGACGAUUCAGCUCAGGGAAGCGGAAAAGGGAUAUUGAUUGGAAAGGUGGUUGCUUAUUUCUUGAAGAUGCCAAUGAUAGGAAGAUAAGAGGUGAAAUGAAUUUCAAGAACUUCAAGCCACAUGAGUGUCAUAUUCUAAAGCUUCAUGAUGGUUCCCAUGAGAGUGCUUAUACUUUUGAGAAUAUGUGGGAUCUGACACCUGUUACUGAUAUACUAAAAGAAUUACCAGAAGAGUACACAUUUGAGACUGCUCUGGCAGAUUUGAUUGAUAAUUCCCUCCAAGCUGUUUGGGCAAAUGACAGGAGACAUAAGAAACUUAUAAGUGUGGAUGUGGCUGAUGAUGUGAUUUCAAUUUUUGAUACUGGCCCUGGGAUGGAUGGAAGCGAUGAACAUUGUAUAGUGAAGUGGGGAAAGAUGGGUGCUUCACUUCACAGAUCUUUAAGAGAACAGGCGAUCGGGGGCAGACCUCCGUACUUAACGCCAUUUUUUGGAAUGUUUGGUUAUGGAGGACCUUUAGCAUCUAUGCAAUUAGGGAGGCAUGCACUAGUUUCUUCCAAGACAAAGGACUCCAGGAAAGUGUAUACAUUGCAUCUUGACAGAGAGGCUUUACUCACAGGGUCAAACUCUAAUAUUCAAAAGAAAAGAAGAGGGUCAGACUCUGAUUCUAAUUGGAAGACUGAUGGUGGUAUGAGGGAUCCUUUAGAAGAUGAAAUUAGCAAAACUCCACAUGGAAGCUUUACUAAGGUUGAAAUUUUUAAACCUAAAUCGAAAUUGGACAUAUCUCAACUCCAAUGCAAGCUGAAGGAUAUAUAUUUCCCAUAUAUUCAGUGUGAUGAAGAAUCCAAAUCAGGGAAGACCAUAACGCCAGUAAACUUUGAGGUUAAUGGUGUUGAUUUAGCCGAGAUUGAAGGUGGGGAAAUUGCAAUUACGAACGUUCAUUCAUGCAAUGGUCCUGAUUUUGUUCUACAGCUUCAUUUCUCCUGUAAACAAGACAGUAUGACUAAAUCUCCAGAUUCGAAAGCAUAUAUACAAGCUAAUGCUCGCCUCAAGUGUGCCUAUUUUCCUAUGGUUGAGGGAAAAGAGAAUAUUGAGAAAAUUUUGGAGAGGUUAGAAUCUGAUGGAUGCGGAACCUCGGAAAACUUUGAAACCUAUAGUCGUGUCUCUAUUCGGAGGCUUGGUCGCCUACUUCCAGAUGCUCGCUGGGCCCGGCUUCCGUUCAUGGAAUUCAAGCAAAAAAAAGGAGAUAAGGCAGACUUGUUGAAAAUAUGUUGUUUGAGAGUUAAAUGCUUUAUCGAGACUGACGCUGGUUUCAAUCCAACACCAUCUAAGACCAAUCUAGCACACCAUAGUCCUUUUACCACUUCACUGAGGAACUUAGGCAAUCAGCCUCUUGAGAAUGAAAAAGAUGUCAGAAUUAAAAUAUAUAGAGAUGGAAACCAUUUAACUCUUUCUCAACUAAAGAAGGAGUAUGAGGAUUGGAUUCUUCAAAUGCAUGAGCGAUAUGAUGAUGAAGCUCACUGUGGUGAAGAUCAACCUGUUCUUGUUGUCAGUCCUGCAAACAAAAAGGCACUUCGCAUUUCAUCCGAAGUUGCAAGGGUUCAUAAAUCUCUAAAGAGGAAAGGAGUGACCUGGAAAUGCGGCCAGAAAAUCAAACUUUUAAGGGGAGCAUGUGCUGGGGUUCAUAACAACAAUGUCUAUGCCACAAUUGAGUAUUUUUUGCUUGAAGGUCUCGAAGGUGACCCUGGUGGGGGGGCUCGAAUUAUUUGCAGGCCAUUAAGUCUGUCAGUUGACAAGGGAUGCAUCCUUAAAAUAAAUGACGGGGAUACGAGUUUAGAUAUUCGUGACUCCUUAUCUGUACCUGUCAGUGUGAUUGAUUCUGGGAAGUGUUUAGCUGUUGAAAGUAAUGAAUGGGAUAACCAGCUCGAGAAACAACGCCAGAAAUCUCCUUCUACAAUUGAUCUGCUGGAUGUAGAAGAAUGUCAGGAGUUGGGGGUUGAUGGGGCAUUGCCUGUGGAUGCCCCAGCUGGAAAAGUUCCUCCAGAAGUAAUUGUGGCUGUUGUUCGUCCUGCCAGUUAUGUCUCUUCUUGUGCGUCAAAGACCCUUGACCAGAAAUAUAUUGCUAGAACUAAUUUAAAAAUGUUUAUGGAAGUUGAGUUCAGAAGUGAUGCUGAGGGUCUUCGAAAUGUUCGCGACAUUUCGGCAUGUGCAGUACCUGAGCCACGUAAAGGAAUUCAAGGGUUAUAUAUCUUUCCACUUAAAUCCAAGUACCCAGCUUUAUUUCAAACUUCUGGUGUCUAUACAUUUUCAUUCCAUCUGACUGAGUCAAAUUGUAAGCAUGUUGAGAAAAGAGUAUUGAUCAAGCAAGCUCCAAUAGUGGAGUAUAAAGAGAUCCAAUUCACUUGUCCAAAUGGAAAGGCUCCCGUAAUUGGGACUCCAAAAAUGGAGUUUGAUGAGAUUCAGGUUCAGUCUUCGCAUGGCAAGGUUUUGCCUCUCCAGGAUUCCUCUUCAAUUCAACAAGUAGGAAACUUAAUGGUUCCUGUAAUGAAAGCUCCAAAAGUGGAGUAUGAUGAGAGUCCAAUCCCUUGCCCAAAUGAAAAGAUUUUUCUUCUCCAAGAUUCCUCUUCCCUUCCACAAGCACAAAACUUGGAGGCAUCAAAUGUGAAUAAGGAGAAGGAAUUGGAGAAAGACCUUCACCAAAGUGGAAUGCAGAUUGGAGAUAUGGAAAAAAAUUUGGAUGCGCUUAAUAAGGAGAAGGCAGUAAUUGAGCAAGAUAUAUAUGUUGUGCAAGCUUCUGUUGAACGUUGCAAUUCAGAUUACUGUUCCAUGAAAGCAGAAUUGAAACACCGCAUAGAAAGCAUGAGCCACACUGCAGCUUCUACACUCUGUAACCUUUUAAGAGUUCCAUCCCAAGAGUUGAGCAAUGAUUUCAUGGGAGGCGUGAUCGGUUUGGUGGCUUUACUUGGUAGUACUGGGAGCAGUGAGCUUAGCAGGAUAUUAUCUGAGUACUUGGGUGAAGAUCAAAUGCUUGCUGUUGUCUGUAGAUCCUUUGCAGCUGCUGUUGCUCUUGAGAAGUAUGAACACAAUGGGGAAGUUGAUUCUAGGCAUGCUCUUUAUGCAGCAGCAGCUAAGCUUGGGAGAUCCAUAAAUGGCCGGUUUCUUGUUAUAAGCCUUGAAGAUAUACAGCCUUACACAGGUGAUUUUGAUGGUGGUGACCCUCAAAGGAAGCUGGCCUUGCCAUAUCCUAUCUUGCCAAGUGGAAAUACUCCGGAUGGUUUCUUGGGGUAUGCAGUUAAUAUGGUUGACCUGGAUGAGCAUCAUUUACACAUGACGACAGCUGCAGGCCAUGGUCUUCGGCAGACAUUGUUUUAUUUUCUUUUUGGGGAGCUCCAUGUUUAUAAAACUAGGCAAGACAUGUUAGCUGCUCGUGCUUGUAUCAAACAUGGUGCUGUAUCUCUGGAUGGUGGGAUUUUAAGACAAACAGGAGCAGUUUCUCUCGGAUAUGGGAAUCCUGAAAUCUGUUUUCCUGUCUUGCGGAGUGUUGCGGUAAUGAAGAAGAAGAUUGAAAUAUACAAGGAAACGAUGAGCGCGGUCAUUGCUGCCAUAGAGGAAUUUACCAAAGACCAUCAGAAAGCGUUAAAGAAAUUCCGCAAGAAAAACAAGAAGUGGCACGAGCUUGCAACAGUGAAGGAGCGUCGGCUUAUUAAGACUACCUAUAGAUUCUUAAUAACCAGGGAGACCAGCUGGAGUUGGAGAGAGGCAUACAGAGUGAGAGCGGGUGAGAAAAGAACCAGAAAGAUGUUCCAACCAAACAACCAGAUUUCAGAUCAUACAAAGUCAUUAUCUAUUCAAGAUUCAACAGCAUUGAUGCAAGUGGACGAAAAAGAAACUAGUCUAGUUAUGAAGGAUGGGAUGCAAAAUGGAGGAUUCGCGCAAGCAGAAUCCAUCAUCUACUACACUAAGAAACUUCAAGAUGAUUUACAAAUGAUGGGGAUGAAAAUUAAACAGCAUGAAGACAACAUAAAACUUCUGAAGUCUCAGAGAAACAAAUUAGAUGACUCUAUUCUCGAUUUGCAAGUUAUUCUAGGGAAGUAUCAUACCUCAACUGCAUCUAAAAUCGAAAAUGAAGACCAUUCCCACUGUAAAAGUGAGGAGGAAACAACCAAAAAGAUUCUUCAGCGUGAGAAGUCUGCUGCAGGCAUUUUAUGGCAGUUGAAAACUCGUCAUGGCACUCAGGCUGCCCAUCUUACCUUGACCAAGGAUGUCCUGGGUAUUGUUGCAAUGCUUGGCAAAGUAGAGGAUGAUAAUCUUAGCAGGCUUUUAUCAGAAUACUUAGGAAUCGAUACUAUGUUGUCAAUUGUCUGUAAGACUUAUGAAGGUGUCAAAGCUUUAGAAACGUAUGACAAUGAAGGCUGCAUAAAGAAAAGUUCUGGUCUUCAUGGGCUUGGUGCUUCUAUUGGAAGGACAUUAGAAGGCCGUUUUCAGGUCAUUUGUCUUGAUAAUUUAAGACCAUAUGCUGGUGAAUUUGUACCUGAUGACCCACAGAGGAGGCUUGAUCUUCUGAAGCCAAGGUUACCUAAUGGGGAAUGCCCACCCGGUUUUCUUGGUUAUGCAGUAAAUAUGAUCCAUGUGGAUAGCACAAGCUUAUUUUGUGUCACAGCUAGUGGGCAUGGCCUGAGAGAGACUCUAUUUUAUAACCUCUUCUUUCGCUUGCAAAUAUAUAAAACAAGGGCAGAUAUGGUUCCUGCACUUCCUUGUAUAAGUGAUGGAGCCAUUUCUUUAGAUGGCGGGAUGAUUAGGUCAACUGGUGUGUUUUCUCUUGGCAACCGGGAAGAUGUAGAUGUGAGAUUUCCUAAACUGUCAGUGACAUCAAGCCUACCCGAAACCUAUCUUGAUUCUGAAAGACAAAUCAAUGAGUUGAAGUGGAAAAAAGAAAAAAUGCAGGAAGAUAUGAAGAGAGAACAAGCAUUAUUGGACAACGCGAAGUUCAAUUUUGACAGAAAGAAGCAAGAUUUUCUGAAAUUCCUGGCUGAUAGCUCAUCAUAUGCAACUCAGCAUCAAUUUCAGGCAGCAGCGCAAAGCCGAGUGACCUCAAGGUGAGAACUGACGAGUACACGAGGCACCAGCAGACCAUAUAGAAGGGAAGGGAGAGCCUUGAGCACGUUGCUUAGUUGAGCGUCUGGCUGAGAGUCAUGUUUUUAUCUCUUUGUUUUAUGAAGCCAGAAAAUUGUAGUGGGAAAAACAGAGAUGCAUUUUGCUAAGUUAAGUGAGGGGCUCGUGUUGUUCAAGUUUGGGCUUUGUAGAAGCAGAAUUAAGAUUUAAGGAACUUUCGGUUCGGUGGAUAAAUUGUAUGCAUCAAGGGCUUUCAACAGCCUUGAAUUUGCUUAACCAAAUGUACAAUAAUAUGAUAUCAUUGACAAAAACAAACCAAGUUGUGCAUCUUAUUUGUGGGUCAUUCAAAAUUCAAAAUUAAACGGGCUUUUGUCUAAA